AUGAACCCCUUCAGAAGAAAGACUGAUCUACCGCCAAGCUAUGAUGUAUCACAGUCGAUCUCCGGCCAGCCACAGUUCCAGCCGCAGUCUCAGUAUCAGAUGCAGGCAGAGGUCAACCCACCACCCUACCACAACUGGCAAGACGCAGUCCCAGACACCGCCACAUUCCCACCACCACCAAUAACAGGCUACCUCAUCUCAGGCACCGGCAACGCCUCAGAAGACGACGCCCAAAGAGCCCAUGACUUCUGCGACAACGUGCCUCUUUGGUUGCCUACCCAGCCUUCAAAUGCUGUCUACAAUGAUGUCCAAGCACACGAUCUGAGACCAGUUCAUCCACGCGAACUGCGCGGCCAGGUUACUGCCACCGCGCGCGGACGCUGGAGCGGCCAGAGUGCGGACCGGAAUGGGGAUUGUGUGAUUAUGACGCAGUUACCGAUGUACUUUCCUACCAUGGAUUCCCCGUUUGUGCGGGAGCAGAGAAAAACGAUUUACUUUGAGGUUAGGGUGUUGGCGUUUAGGGCUGGGCCUGCCGGUAAUGGUGAUGAUAGUGGGAUUUCAAUUGGGUUUGCGGCUCAGCCUUAUCCUUCUUGGAGAUCACCUGGUUGGGAACGAGGUGGAUUGGGAGUGUUCUCUGACGAUGGAUGUCGGUUUGUUAAUGAUUCGUUUGGGGGUCGGGAUUUCACCACUGCGUUUAGGGUUGGUGAGACUGUUGGGAUUGGGAUGGUGUUUUCUCUUCCAGAUGACCUGAAUAUCGAGGCAGGUGACAAAAAGAAGACUUGCAAGGUGGAGAUCUUCUUUACUCGAAAUGGGCAGAGGGCCGGGGACUGGAAUCUACAUGAAGAGGUUGACGCAGAUUCUGGGGGCGUCGAAGGUCUGGAAGGCGAUUAUGACCUGUACGGAGCGAUUGGGUUGUUCGGUGGCGUCGAUUUCGAAUCUUGUUUUGACCCUGCAGGUUGGCUAUACAAACCAGCCGAGUAA